CCUUCCUUGUGCUACAUUCUGCUAUCUUCUGCCACCACCACCACCACCCCCACUGCUCCCACAAAAUGGAAAGCUUUUCUCCCACCUGGGCUGCAUAUGCACUUGUGUGGGUUGCAACGGUGGUUAUUGCCCACCUCUCGAAGCAUUUCCAUCAGAAAAAACUCAACCUCCCACCAGGUCCAAGGCAAUGGCCUAUAAUUGGAAACUUAAACCUCAUUGGCACCCUUCCUCAUCGUUCACUCCAUCAACUCUCCCUCACAUAUGGCCCCCUAAUGCACCUUCAAUUCGGCUCCUUCCCAGUUGUCGCUGCCUCCUCUGUGGAGAUGGCCAAAGUUUUCCUCAAAACCAUGGACCUCACAUUUGCAGGGAGGCCUAAAACUGCAGCCGGAAAAUAUACCGCUUAUGAUUACACCAACGUGACUUGGUCCCCUUACGGACCAUACUUGCGCCAGGCACGUAAGAUUUUCCUUACGGAAUUAUUCAGUGCAAAAAGACUAGAAUCAUAUGAACAUAUUCGGGUGGAAGAAAUGAAUUCGCUUCUGCUACAGCUGUUCAAGUCAUUGGGCAAGCCUAUCGUGUUGAGAGAUUAUCUUUCAACAGGGAAUUUGAACCUGAUUAGUAGGAUGGUCCUGGGGAAAAGAUACAUUGUUGAGUCUGAGAACUCAAUUGUCACGCCCGAAGAGUUCAGGCAAAUGCUGGACGAGGUGUUUUUGCUGACUGGUGUGUUUAACAUUGGUGAUUUCAUACCUUGGAUCGAUUUCUUGGAUUUGCAGGGGUAUAUCAAGAGGAUGAAAAUCUUGAGCAAGAAAUUUGAUAGGUUUCUGGAGCAUAUUCUCGAUGAACAUAAUGCCCAGAGGAAGGACGAAACUGAUUGUGUCAGCAAGGACAUGGUGGACGUCCUUCUGGGCCUUGCAGAUGAUCCCACUUUGGAGGUGAAGCUAGAGAGGCAUGGAGUCAAGGCAUUGAUUCUGGACCUACUUGCUGGUGGAACCGAGACCUCAGCGACUACAGUAGAAUGGGCCAUUUCGGAGCUACUGAAAAACCCAGAAAUAUUCAACAAGGCAGCCGAAGAACUCGACCGUGUUAUCGGUCAGAAUCGAUGGGUGAACGAGAAGGACAUGCCAAAUCUUCCUUACAUAGAGGCUAUUGUUAAAGAAACAAUGCGUAUGCAUCCCGUGGUCCCAUUGCUAGUGCCAAGAUGUGCUCGCGAAGAUUGCAAAGUUGCAGGGUACGAUAUUCAAAAAGGGACUCGAGUCAUCGUCAACGUUUGGUCAAUUGUGAGGGACCCUGAAUUGUGGGAGAAGCCAGAGGUAUUUUGCCCCGACAGAUUCAUGGGAAAGGACAUUGACUUCAAAGGGCAAGACUGUAAGUUCUUGCCAUUUGGUGCUGGAAGAAGAAUGUGCCCAGGGUACAGUUUAGGCCUCAAGGUUAUCCAAUCUAGUUUGGCCAAUCUUUUACAUGGAUACAGAUGGAAGUUGCCAAAUGACAUGAAGCCUGAGGACCUGGACAUGGAAGAAAUAUUCGGGCUUACUGCACCAAGAAAGAUCCCACUUGUUGCCAUUGUUGAGCCUCGGCUUCCUCGUAAUCUUUAUUCACUAUGAUUUACUACGUGUAUGUUUGAUCUCCCAGUAUUCAUUAUCAACUUGUGUUCAAAUAAAUCAGCUCUGCAAGUUUAGAAUUUGUAGCUGCGCUUAUAUGUGUUUGCCAAUUGCCACAACGCUGCAAACCCUUGUAGUUGGUGCAUGGCAUAUGCGUAAUCAUUGAGAUUGUUAUGCGUAUUGAAGUCCAAAUUUGUUCGCAAUUAUGUGAAACUGUGAAUAUGCACACCCCUGAUGUUUCAAA